AUGCUGCAGCCACGUGAUGGUGCUGUUCCACAGCUGAACCUUCCAGCAGGUGGACCGCAGCAGCACCAGCUGGCAGCUCCUAGUGCAGUUCCCCCGCAGAACCUUCCGCCAAGUGGACCGCAGCAGCAGGUGGCAGCUCCCAGCAGUGCAGUUCCCCCGCAGAACCUUCCGCCAAGUGGACCGCAGCAGCAGGUGGCAGCUCCGCCUAGUGCAGUUCAGCAGAACCUUGCGCCGAGUGGACCGCAGCAGCAGGUGACAGCUCCUAGUGCAGUUCAGCAGAACCUUGCGCCGAGUGGACCGCAGCAGCAGGUGACAGCUCCGUGUGCAGUUCCGCCGCAGAACCUUCCGGCAAGUGGAGCGCAGCAGCAGCAGGUGGCAGUGGCAGCUCCUGGUGCAGUUCCGCCGCAGAACCUUCCGGCAAGUGGACCGCAGCAGCAGGUGACAACUCCUAGUGCAGUUCCGCAGAACCUUCUGGCGAGUGGCCCCCCGCAGCAGGUGGCAGCUCCUAGUGCAGUUCCGCCGCAGAACCUUCCGGCAAGUGGAGAGCAGCAGCAGCAGGUGGCAGCUCUUAGUGCAGUUCCGCAGCAGAACCUUCCGGCAAGUGGCCCCCCGCAGCAGGUGGCAGCUCCCAGUAGUGCAGUUCCGCCGCAGAACUUUCAGGCAAGUGGACCGCAACAGCAGGUGGCAGCUCCGCCCAGUCCAGCUCAGCAGAACCUUCCUCCAGCAAGUGGACCGCAGCACGUGGCUCCGGGUGCAGUUCCGCAGAACCUUCCAGGUGGACCGCAGCAGGUAGCAACUCCUUGUGCAGCUCCCCAGCAGAACCUUCCGCCAGCAGCAGGUGGACCGCAGCAGGCGGCAGCUCCGUGCGCAGUUCCCCAGCAGAACCUUCCGCCACAGCAGGUGACAGCUCCAAGUGCAGUUCCGCAGCAGAACCUUCCGGCAAGUGGACCGCAGCAGGUGGCAGCUCCUUGUGCAGUUCCGCAGCAGAACCUUCUCCUGGCAAGUGUACCACAGCAGCAGGUGAUGACAGCUCCAGGUGCAGUUCCGCAGCAGAACCUUCCAGCAGGUGCGCAGCAGGUGGCAGCUGCAAGUGCAGUUCCCUGGCAGCAGAACCUUCCGGCAAGUGGCCCCCCGCAGCAGACGGCAGCUCCAAGUGCAGUUCCCCCGCAGCAGAACCUUCCGGCAAGUGGCCCCCCUCAGCAGCAGGUGCCAGCUCCAAGUGCAGUGCCCCCGCAGAACCUUCCGGCAAGUGGCCCCCCGCAGCAGGUGGCAGCUCCUAGUGCAGAUCCGCCGCAGAACUUUCCGGCAAGUGGACCGCAGCAGCAGGUGGCAGCUCCGCCUAGUGCAGUUCAGCAGAACCUUCCGCCAGCAAGUGGACCGCAAGAGGUGACAGCUCCGUGUGCAGUUCCGCAGAACCUUCCGCCAGCAAGGACGCUCCUGCAGCAGCCUGGAACUCCCUCCAUUUUGGAGAUGGUGCAAGAGCUUGAAACGCAGAUGGAUCAGGAGGAGCCAAUCAGUGUGAAUGACACGCCCGAACCCCCGCCCCGGCUGAAUCGCAGCGCUGUGUCAACACUGGCUUCGGCUGCUUCCUUUGAUGACACAUCAAAGGACUUGGUUGCACCGGACACGUCAGCAGCACUGCUGGUGAAGGCACCGUCGCCGUCGCCGACUCCCGUGACGGCGAAAGCGAAAAGUGCGGCAAGGACGAAGCCGAAGGCUGCUGCUGUGAAGGAUGAGUAUGCGCUGCCGGAGCUGACCUUGCAGGAGAAGGCGAUGUAUGGCAACUUCUGGUCGCGGUACCGCUCGAGCAGCUCGCUGUCGUUGACCAGUGAUGCGGAUUCCGUCGACUCCGACAUCAGCCAACCUGUGCCGAAGGGGCCGCCGGCAGUACCCCAGCCGAUGCCGUUGCCGACUGUGCCGCUUCAGCAGCAGACGACAGCAGCUGCAGCAGGGCCGACGAGUGAUGCCAUGACGACGAUGCUGGCGACGGUUCUCAGCACGGCGGUGAGCCAUGGUGUUGAUGCAGCGGGGCUUGCGGCCAUUCAGCAGACCAUGGCCAGCAUUGUGGCUGCUGCAAAAGCCCCUGAUGCUGCUGCUGGAGUCGAGGCCGUUGACAAGACGAAGAUCAUCGACUCGCAGCCGGCUUUGCCGCCAAGCCCUUUUUCGACGCCUUUGCCGGCCAGCACAGCAGCAAGCCCUUCGACGCCUUUGCCGCCGGCAAGCACAGCAAGCCCUUCGACGCCUUUGCCGCCGCCGAGCACUGCGAGCCCUUCGACGCCUUUGCCGCCACAGACCGCUGUGACGAAAGCCCCGCCGACAGCAGGACCUGCUCCUUCGACGCCUUUGCCACCGCAGACCGCUGUGACGAAAGCCCCGCCGACGGGACCUGUGGUCAACUCAAGCACCCACAGGACUGAGUACCGCUCGUUCCAACGCUUUUGCGAGAACUCACCGGGAGCAGUGGAGUUGAAGAAGGUGUGGGUGCAGGGCGGACCGCGCUUGGCAAUGUUCCAGAAGUUUGUUCUGACAGGCUGUGGUAACCCUGCGGCUUUGGAAUGUGCCCUCCAGUUCCGCCGGCAGAGCGAGGAGGAGAGCAAAGACGAAGGUGAAUAUUAUUGCUGGCGUGAUAUACUCGCCUUUCACGAGGGCAACGAACAGAAGGCCUUAUCCUUCAUUGCAAGACGCAGAGCAGAGCCCAAAGGGACCAGUUGCGAUCGGAAUGAUCCUGAUAUGGAGACAUUUCUAUAUUACGGCCGCCAGCGACGGACCCUGACGGUUCGUACGAUCGACGAAAUCGCAAUCAGCAUGGGCGUCUGCCCGAACUUCGCCACGUCCGUGGCGGCACAGCUGGACUCCAUGAACGGCGCCCUGCCAGUUGCUGAUGGGGCUACUUCUUCGGUGAACCCGCCAGUGCCGGCCCCCGGCAAGGCGGCUCCAAAGGGAAAAGGCAGUGCGCCUGCGCCACCCGGCACGACGACGGAAGACCCCCAGCCGCCGCCCAAGAAGGCGAAAGUUCCGAAGCCGGAGGGAUCCGACAUGGAGUUGAUCUGCAGUGGAGAGAACGUUGGACUUUUCGUGAAGUCGUGGGUGGCCGCGGCGAACACGGCCCAGGGGCAAGCCGUGAAAACGUGUGCAGAGUUGGAGGUCCUCGAGAGCCAGGAGGCUUUGAUGGGGAAGAUUAAGGACUGUGCCGAAGGCAUCGGGGCUUGUCGCAAGAAGCUCCAGCUCAUGGGGACAGAGCCAGUGGCCGCCGAUGUGCAAUCGGCCCUGCUGGAGGCUACCGUGUUUGUGGAGGGUUUCAAGAAGCAUCUUCGAGUGGCGAAUGGCUUGGCGGGCACUGUCGACUGGCUGGACUGGUGGCAGAAGGCCAAGAGCGAGCCAUGGGGGAAUCAUCCGGUGCAGUCCUGGCCGGAGGAGGCCAGGCAAAAAGCGGUGGCCGUGUCGAUUCACGGCGAUGAGGGUACUGGGAAGAGGAGCAAAAGCAUCUUGAUCCUGUCGCUUUCGCCCUUGGCCAUCCACCGGGGCGACUCGAUGCUGCAGAAGUUCCCGUUCUGUGUGCCCUGGCCGGUUGUGCGAUCAGACAGAUUUGUCUACGACAACGGCCAGAAUAUCACGCUUCAGGCGCUACAGCGCUACUACGCCGAUUCCUUUCGGAUUUGUGGCGACCCCGCCAGCGAAGGCCAACACGGAUGGACCAUGCACCCUGUCAUAUCGAAGGGAGAUUGGAAGCACAAAAGGGAAUGGUUGGAACAAUGUAGAAGCUACGGGAACCUUGCUAGCAAUGCUCCUCGUGAGCAGAACGCCGGCAGAAUCUGCCCGAGAUGCUUGUGCGAUGGCAGCACACCUGGAAAGCAUUGGGCUGACAUGCGUGAGGGCUUCGAUAACCAGGCAGACUUGGAUGAAGCUUCGAAUGAUAGCGUUGGUGCAAACAUCGCGUCACCAGGCUUGACUUAUGUUUGGAUGUGGAGAAUUCCUGGCUACCACCACUCCUGUGAGUAUCCAGAUUUGCUCCAUUGCCUGUAUCUGGGAACUGAGAGGGAUGCCACUGCGUCUCAUGUUAUGGAGCUGGCGAAGUUUUCUCCGCAGUUUCAGGCUUACGAAACGUGGGAUGAAAGGUUGCAUCACCUGCAUGUGGACUUUCAGAUGUGGUGCACGGAGCACCAUAUCCGACCCAGCAUUCUUGAUGGACUGAGUUUGGUGAAGCUGGGAAUCGAUGCGGUCACAUUGGAGUACCCGAAGGGGAUGGCGUACUUAGCCGAACGGCUGUCUGAGGUUUGCCAAACGAUUCCCGAGCUUCGAUUGGCGGCAGUGAAUGCCUGGUCGAUCACAGCAUUCUCGAAUUUGCUGGACGCCUGCUCAAUCUGGCUGUCGGAUGAGCAGGCAAUGCUGGCGCAGCAGCUCGGCAGAUGGUAUUGCCACUCCUACCUGGCCCUGGCAUCGCGAUAUCUCGAGAUGCUG